ACAAUGGUAUUGUAGCAUGAAAAUAUGAAUUUAUACACUUCACUCAUUGCACAAUGCGCACACAAAAAAUCCAUAACUACCCUCAAAGCAGUUCACACCCACAUCCUCAAAUCCGGUUCCUUGUUCUCAUUCUUUGGUCACAAGCUCAUUGAUAGUUACAUAAAAUGUGGCAUCAUAGCUGAAGCACGCAAGCUGUUCGACGAAUUGCCCAACAGACACAUAGUUACUUGGAAUUCAAUGAUCUCUUCUCAUGUCAGCCGUGGAAAGACCAAAGAAGCAAUUGAGCUCUUCAAUAACAUGCUCUUUGAGGGUGUUUUACCGGAUGCUUACACGUUUUCUGCAAUCUUUAAGGCUUUUUCGGAGGUGGGUGUUUUGCGUCACGGACAGAAGGCUCAUGGGUUGGCUUUGGUUUUGGGUUUUGAGGUCUCGGAUGGGUUUGUUGCAACUGCCAUUGUUGAUAUGUACGCGAAAUUUGAUAGAAUGAGGGAUGCUCGUUUGGUGUUUGACCGUGUUUUGGAUAAAGAUGUUGUCUUGUGCACUGCAUUGAUUGUUGGGUAUAAUCAGCACGGUUUUGAUGGUGAAGCUUUAGAGGUUUUUGAGGAGAUGGUUGAUAUGAGAAUUAAGCCUAAUGAAUAUACUCUAGCAAGUGUCUUGGUUAGUUGUGGUAAUGUCGGAGAUUUAGUUAACGGUAAAUCGAUUCAUGGUCUUGUUGUUAAGUCUGGUUUGGAAUCUGUUGUUGCUUCACAGACUUCACUUCUUACUAUGUAUUCAAAAUGCAGUAAGGUUGAGGAUUCCAUAAAGGUGUUUAAUCAACUUGCUUAUGCAAGCCAUGUGACAUGGACAUCUUUUAUUGUUGGUCUUGUGCAAAAUGGGAGAGAAGAAGUUGCUGUGUCGGUGUUUAGGGAAAUGAUUCGUUGUUCAAUAAUUCCGAAUCAUUUCACAUUAUCUAGUAUUCUUCAUGCUUGUUCAAGCCUUGCAAUGCUUGAAGUAGGGGAACAAAUCCAUGCCGUAACGAUGAAACUAGGAGUUGAUGGAAAUAAGUAUGCUGAUGCUGCACUGAUUCAUUUGUACGGAAAAUGUGGAACUGUAGAAAAGGCAAGGUCGGUUUUUGAUUCGUUGAACGAGUUAGAUGUAGUAUCCAUCAAUUCGAUGAUCUAUGCUUAUGCACAAAAUGGUUUUGGGCAUGAGGCACUUCAGCUAUUUGAAAGAAUGAAAAUUUUGGGACUUGCACCAAAUGCGGUGACAUUUAUCAGCAUUCUCUUGGCAUGUAACAAUGCAGGGUUAGUUGAAGAAGGAUGUCAAAUAUUUUCUUGUAUUAGGGAUAACCACAAUGUUGAGUUGACAAGAGACCAUUUUACUUGUAUGAUUGAUUUGUUAGGACGAGCUAGGAGAUUCGAAGAGGCUGCGAUGUUGAUAGAGGAGGUGAAAAAUCCAGAUGCAAUACUAUGGAGGACGCUGCUGAAUGCAUGUAAGAUUCACGGAGAGGUAGAGAUGGCAGAGAAAUUUAUGAGAAAAAUGCUCGAUCAUGCUCCCGAGGAUGGAGGAACUCGUAUUCUCUUGACAAACAUUUAUGCUUCGGCUGGAAAAUGGGACAGUGUGAUCGAGAUGAAAAGUGCAAUAAGAGAUUUAAGGUUGAAGAAAAGUCCUGCAAUGAGUUGGGUUGAUAUCGAUCGAGAGGUUCAUACUUUUAUGGCAGGAGAUUUAUCUCACCCAAGAGCUCAUGAGAUUUUGAAAAUGUUGCAUGAGUUAGUAGAGAAGGUUAAAAAUUUGGGUUAUAAUCCUGAUACCAAAUUUGUGUUGCAGGAUUUGGAGGAAGAGAAAAAGAUUAGUUCCUUAUAUUAUCACAGUGAAAAAUUAGCCAUAGCAUUUGCUUUAUGGAAAACUUGUGGUAGGAAUACUACUAUCAGAAUUUUCAAGAAUCUUAGAGUUUGUGGAGACUGCCACAGUUGGAUAAAAUUUGUUUCUUUACUUACUGGGAGAGAUAUAGUUGCUAGAGAUGCAAAGAGAUUCCAUCAUUUUAAAGGAGGGAUAUGUUCUUGUAAAGAUUAUUGGUGAACCACAAAUUCACAACUGUUUUUUCUUUAACAGAUAUGAAUCACAAUUGUUGUAUAUCAGGAUUUGAAGAUAAGAUAAAUGUGCAUUUCAAGAACUUUUUUCACUUCCAAGCUUCCAAAAAAUCACCGGGGAAAAAUCGUGUUUCUUUCGGAAGUAGCAACUUUGGGGUGGGAAAAAAAGCACCUAUGUAUUGUCAAUGCCAUUUGUAUAUUAUUUAAAUGAAGUUAGAUGCUUUGUUUUUAAGUCCUACAGGACGUCGAAUAGCAGCGCUGCAGUGGUGUCAAUAGUACAAACGUAAUGAUAAAGUUUGGAACGACAGGUCUCAAUUGCCGAACCAAGUUGGAAAUAUGGCAUUCAAUAUGUGGAAUACUUGGUUUUCUGUUAACAUUCUGCAGCGCCAUGUUGUUCCUCAAGCCACAGAUCAGGUCUUGCCGAGAUGGGAACAUGCAAGUCAAGGAUGAUUAAAGUGCAAUGUUGAUGUGGCUUUUUUUGCCGGAGUCGGAGUCACAUCUUUGGGUGCUUGCUUCCGAGAUAGUGCGGGUAAUUUGGUGGUUAUAUCACGCAAAGGCAGCAGGCUACACUUUCUGUGUGGAAGGUGAAGCUUGGGCACUACUUCAAGCCAUGAAGGAAGCUAGACGUCGAGGUUUAGUUAGGGUCCAAUUUGAGAGUGAUUUACAGGCCCUGGUCAAAGCUAUUCAUACAAAGAAUGGUGGUUUUUUUCUGAAUUUAGGUUGCUUGUUGUUGAUAUUAUUAAUAUUAUGUCAUGUGUAAACUUUGAGGUGAAGUUCGUUAGGAGACAAAUAAAUAUGGUUGCUCACACUCUUGCUAGAGCGGCCAUUUUUUGGACUACUUUCCAUAGUUUUGAGAGUAUUCCCUUUUGUGUUGAACAUUUAUUGAUUGACGAAAUGAAUUAAGUUUGUUUGGUUCAAAAUAAAAUAAAAUAAACUUUGAUUGCAU